CGAGUGAAGUACGGGCUCACUUCGCCAGCCACGGCUCCGCUCGGCACGACGCCGUACACUUCUUUCCCAUCCCGUCCUGUACCGUUGUGUCGAGCCACGAUCACCUUACUCAGACCCUCCGUUCCUUCUAGACCACAACUUCAAAGACAGAUGAACCAGUUGCUACGGCUCCAGCAUCAGUUGAAUGGUUGGGAUGUGAAGGGAGUGUCCGAUGUGAGGUCAAAGGAGCCAGCGACUAAAAUGAACAUCGAGGAGCCCCACAACUUGGUGCGGAGAAUGGCAAAGUUCACUGAUGAUGCCGACUACAAUGCCGACGAAACGUUUGAGGAUGUAUCAAGUUCACUGUCAGAUGCUGGGAAUCAUGACAACUCCUAUGGCAGACGACUUCGGACUAGGCGAGUUCUACAUAGUCGCCCUGACAACAUGACCACAUUGCGACAACGAGGUCAACCUACUUCUAUAAAUCGAAAGGAGACUGCGACAUCUUGGUCUUCAUAUAUUAUAUCCUGCCUGGCUUUGAUUGUGCCCGAGAGCCAGCUCUGA